AUGAAUAACCCUACAAACUUCAUAGCUUCACUGGAGAACAUGACUGUGGCUAUGCAGGAUACGGCUGCGACCUUAGGGAAUCAAGGUAACAAUGGUAAUGGCGGAAAUGGGGACGACGGGCCGAUGACACUUGCUACCUUUCUGAAAGUGCACCUUCCGACCUUCAAGGGGACCUCAAACCCCACUGAAGCCAAUAAUUGGUUUCAGGCGAUGGAGAAAUAUUUCCCUAACUCCGUUAGGAUGAUAAAAGAGCUCGAGUUACUACAAUUAAUGCAGGAUUCCAUGUCAGUAACCGAGUAUACAAACAAAUUUGAGGAGCUAUGUCGAUUUUCUAAGAUUGGUCAUGGUGCCCCAGAAGGCUUUGAACAAUGGAAGUGCAUUAAAUAUGAAAGUGGGUUUCGUAGCGAAAUUUUGAGUACCAUGGGGCCGAUGGAGAUCAGAAUUUUCUCUGAACUGGUAAAUAAAAGUAGAGUUACUGAAGAUUGUGUAAGAAACGCGGCAUUAGAUAAGGGUGAUCACCGCGCCAUCGUUAGGGGAGAUCAAGGAAGAAAUUUUGCGCCCAGAGGCCAAGAUUUUAAGUGA